AUGGAGCCGCAGGAGACAAGUCUACCUGCCAACACCACCGAGAACCGCGGCUGGCCGGUCCGCUCCCUGUACACCGCACCUAUGCUUGAGAGAAAACCCAGUGGCAACCCAGACUCCAUGCACUUCAAGGGGUCCAAAGUUUCUGUUGCCCGUCACUCCCGGGACCCUGUCAAGACACACAAGGAAAAGGACCAAGGAGAAUCCCUCUGGAACCCGCUGCUGAGCAUGCUGAAAAAAACUCGUAAAGGGUCUAAUGAAGAAUUGGAAGUAGCACAUGAGUUACCAGCUUUGGUGCCAUUUGGAGAUGUGGUUGGCUGCCUGGCUAUUCAUAUAAAGAACUGCAGACAUUUUACGCCUCUGAUCAAUUUUCAAUAUUACGAUGAAUUAUUCAUUCACAUUUCAAUAAACAAAAUUGUGAAAAAUACAAAACUCUAUAGCCUGCCAUCCAAAAUCAAGGAAAAGAACAUUGUAAUUAAGUUUGAUGAAGUAAAGUAUUUUUCCAUACAGAUUCCCAGACGUCAUGAUGAUGAGCGGAAUAAUAUUUGCGUGGAACUAAUGCAUUAUGACAGUACACAUAAAUCACCUGUCUCAUUAGGGAAUGUUCAGAUACAUCUUUAUGAAGUAAUUCAGAAAGGGUGCUUUACUGAAGAAUUUCACAUGUUGAAUAAAAAUGCAUAUAUUUGCAGGUUGGAGAUGGAGUUUACAUUCUCCUAUGGAAACUUUGGUUAUGGAUUUUCACAUCAGUUAAAACCUCUUCAGAAAAUUAUUGAGCCAUCCAUGUUUAUGAGUACUGCACCACCUCCAGAAAGAACAGAUCCCACAACAAAUGUUAUUAUGCCACAGCCUGUAGAGUAUCCAGCAUUCUUAUCUCCAGACCUGAAUGUUACUGUUGGGACACCAACUGUGCAGUCCCCCAACCCACCACCUGCAGUAAAACUCGAAAAACUUCAACAACCACCUCGGGAAAGACUGGAAAAAAUGAAAAAAGAAUAUAGAAAUCUGAAUACAUGGAUGGAAAAAGUUGGAUAUUUAGAAAACAUUAUUACCCCCAAAUUAGGACAUGAACAUACUGAGGAAACUAAUGAAAAUGAGGUACUUAAAAGCAGAAAUAAUGAUAAAUCUAAAGAGAAGCUUAAAAAUAUUGAUACAUUAGAGCCCCCUCUGAUAAAGGUAGAAGCUGAACCUACUCCAAAUCAGUUAUUGGAUAAUGCCGAUAGGAAAAGCCUGACCAUACCAACUUUGAAACUAUCACAACAAGAAAAUUCAGCUGCUAUUGCUACUAAAAGUGAGGAAUCAACGCCUUCACCCACAGAUUCUCUACUGUCCCUUAGUUCUAGCCUGGAAAUCAUAGAAAAUAACGAUAUACCACCUUUCUUUCAACACCCAUCAGAGGUCAUGCCAGAGAGAAAAGAGAAAAAUUUAUUAUAUCUACCGGAAGUAAAAUUGAAAGACAAAUAUCUAAGCGUUUUAAAAACAGAAUCAUCUCCAUCCGAGGUGGCUUUUUCACCAAAAGAAAAUAAUUCACCAUCUUUCAGACCAGAAUAUAUAGAAUUCAAACCAAAAUUUCAAUUUCAGAAAUUCAACAAGGACGGUUUUGAUCCUUUUCUAAGGAAUAUAAACCAAAAAAUGUCAGUCAGAAUAAAGACAGACCAAGAUAUAUACAAAUACAGAAACAUUUUAAGUACAGAGGUUAUAGAACAUGAAGACCAAGAUCCUCCUUAUCCAUCACGUUCAAAAAUUGCAGGACCUACUACUUAUAAAACCUGGGGCUGUGACCCUAAUAGCGUCACAGGAAAGAUGUUUUUGGACACUAAAAAUAAUUUAGCUCAUGAUCCCACUGUCAACACUGAAAAGAUUUUAGGUUCUAAGAAUAAAGUAAAAGAAACUCUACCAAAUAUAGCUUUGCCAUGUUUCAAAGGAGAGUCAUCAGUGGCCGGAAAUGGAUAUACAUGUCGUCUUUCAAAGUCAUUAAGUCUUACCUCCCAUAUAGAAAAUCUAAAACAAUCAAUGCUACUCAAGUCAAUUUUAAGUAAAAAUCUGCAAGACCUUUCAGACAAAUUAUUUUCUAAACCAGAACUUGGUAAGAACACUGAAGCAAGAAAGAAAAGUAAUUCUCCACUUCUAAGCAUUCAUGAUAAACCAUCAAAUAGCAGGGAAGACAGGGCAUUGGACAGAACUCAAGAUUUAAACAGCCAGAUUUCAGAAAAGGACAUUUUAAAUUCAAAGGUUCUUUUAAGUCAAUUAAUUAAAAAUAUUCCUGCAGGUUCACUUCCAGAAGGUGGACCAGAAAAAUCUCUAGAAGAACGUGUCUCUGAAAAACACUCAGAGGCUGAUAUGAUAGAUUUUCCAGUGAAAAAAAAGAGUAGUUUCAAAAAGAAACAUUUAAUAAGUGAAACAUCUAGCCCCAAAUCAGGUUUAAGUGGCAAUGUACAUGAAUGUUUUAUAAACCAAAUAUUCACUGCACCAAACUUCUUAACAUUGGAGACAGCUCAAUCAUCCACACCUCUGGGGAGAAGUUCAUCUUCACAUUCUCCAAUUUACAAUGAAAAUACUGAUGAUGAAAUAGAAUUGCCACAUGCCCAGUCUGUUAUAAGUCAGAUAAUACAAGCAUUUCCUGUAAAUACUCUUUUAGAAUCUGGGAUCAUCAAAGUGAUAGAAUUAGAUGAAGAAAAAGGGAAGAGUACUUUGCUGAGUACAGAGAUAGCCAUUCCAGAAGAAAAGCUAAAGAAUUUUACAAAAGAUUAUCCAGAAAUCAAAACAGAACUUCUUUCAGAGCAGACUAUACCCAUCAUUUCCAAAGAUACCUCUUCUUCUGUUAAUAUAGUUGAACUUCCAGAGGAGAGCCAAAACAUACCUCCACAGGAUUCAAGAUAUCAUUCGACAUCAGAAAAAGAAACAAGUUUGCCAAGUCGUAGUCAGUGGCUUGAUAGAGAAGAAAAUGAUCUAAAUUCUACUUUAGGAAAUUUAGCUAACUCAUUAAUGGGUAGUAAACUGUCAGAUGAAACGAUGUUAAAAUCCUUUUUAAAAAAUGUCAUUAAUAGUUUUUUCGAAUAUAAUCAGUCUGAAAGAAUAAAACAACCAGAAAAAGAAUUAGAAAAACUAAUUCAACAGUCUUUUCCAGAUGUUACAGAACAUCUUGAAGAAAUCCCAGAAAAUAUUGAUGAAACAGACAAACUAGACAGAACAUCUAUUUUGGGUCCAAAGCUGCGUGGGUUUCUAGAAGAACUCUCAGAGUCAGAAGUGAAAAAUUUAAAAUCCGAGUUAAGUAAACAAAUUCAGCAUUACCUUGUAGAAAGGCUUUCAGAAUCAGGACAUAUUGCUAGGGAAGACUUACCAAAAAUCUAUCAAAAUUUGUAUUUAAUGAAUGAGAAAGCAGAACCAAAAGGACAAAACAUUUUUCAGGAGAAAUAUUCAGAAACUGUGAAAGAAAUCAUGUCUUUUGUAAAUAAUUUUAAUCAUAAUUUCAUAGAUAAACAUUUAGAAAUAAAGCUAAGAUCUUUUUUAAAUGAAAUUCUCCAAAGCUAUUUUCUAAAAAACCUUUCAGAAAGCAAUUUAUUUAAUGAGAAAGAAUCUGAGACUAUACAUUCAAGCAUAUCUUCUCUAAAAUCUAAAAGUGCCUCAGUGUCUCUUCACGAGUUAGGACAAGAUAAUUCAAAGGGGGGGGUUGGUAGAAGGCUUGAGAUAAACAUGAAAUAUCCUUUAAGUAAACCUCUACAAAACUAUCUGUUAACUUUAUCAGAAAAUGAAUUGUUAAGUCUGAAAGAUGAGUUGAGUAAACACCUCCAGAGCCUUUUUAUAGAAAAACUUACAAAAUCGGGACUAAUGACAGAAAGGCAAUUAAAGGGGGUUGAUCAGCAUAUAAAUUUGCUUAAUUCGAAUUGUACACCAUUAAAAUAUGUAAAGAUAGAUUCACCUUUUAAAGAUGAAAAUCACUCCAUAGAGGACCAUUCAGCACACCAAAACAAAUAUCCAAAAACUGAUCAAGAAACUGCCUCACAAAAGGCUCCUGAGAGUAAAUUGAAAGAAACAAAAGUGAUCAAAGAGGAAGAAAAAGAAUAUUUUCCUUUACACAGUUUAAAAGACAAUUCAUUAAUAAUUAAGGAACAGAAAAGUUAUCGACCUAAAGAAGAAGCUAAAACAGUAAGUUAUAUAAGAAUACAAUCCAUUUCCAACAAAACUAUCCAGGCCAUUCCAUUAAAUAAAUCAUCAGAAAGGCCUACAGAUACACUGUGUAAGAAACAAAGGAAAGAACAUGGUUUCUUGCAGCUUCCUCAAGCAGAAAAUUGUAUUAGUAUAACAGAGAUUCAAGACCCAUAUAAUUGGGGUAGUAAAUCAAAAACAACCCAAUCAAAAGUUAGCUUCGAAAGGACACUGAAGCCACUUGAAAAAAAGGAUCAUAGUAACAUCUGUAAAUCAACUGGUGAGGAAAAACCUGAUACAAUGUUGUCAUCGUAUCCAAGAAUCCCUCUUUGCAAAAUGCCAAGGGAAGACGAAGAAUCCUUAAACAGACUCACUCUGCCUUCUUGUCAGACUAAUACUUUAACUCACUUUAAUUCAGAGACUGGGGAGAAAUCAAAAUUUGAAGACCAGUAUUGUCAGAGAUUGAAAGGAUGUAACAACAAUAAUAAAAAACAUCUAGUAACAUUUGCGCCAUAUAAACAAGAAAUACAAACUCUUUAUAUAAAACCAAACGAAAUUUUCAAUGAAAAAUAUGCCAAAUGCUCUGAAUCACAAUUGUUCAAAUAUAAAGCUGUGGAAGAUAAGAAAAACCUCAAAUCAUUCCUCUUCCCUGAAGUACUGAAGAGAGAAAAUCCAAAACCCAAGGUCCAAAAAGAAAGAGUCCAUGUUGCCAAACCAAAAAAGUCAUUUAACAAGAUAGCUAAGAUACUACCAAGCACGCUGCCUGCGACAAAAAUUCAUCUAAAGAAAUCGGUCCCAAAGACAUUGCCUCACUGGACUGCAAGAAAAACUAUACAUGACUGUUCGGAUAAAUUCGAGGAUUUAAAUGUGACCUCAUGUGAUCAUCUUACAAAAAUAAAAUCAAGAACAAGGCUUUUAGGAAAGAGCCCAGAUGAUAACCGUAAUCGUACAAAACGUUCUGCAAGACCAUACACUGCACCAGAGGUUAACAAAAGACGAGAAAACUACCCCAGAAAAGUUUCAAGUCCUCGAAUGGUUUCAGCAGGCUUAUUUCAUAUAAAUGACGUAACUCCAGGUUAUGAAAUGCGUAAAAUGCAGAAAAAAAAAAUUAAAAGAGGAUAUUGA